AUGGGGUCCGAAGUUCUUCUUCCUGUCAUAGAUUUUUCAGAUGAGCUAAAGCCGGGCACUCCUGAGUGGGACUCGGUGAGAGCCCGGGUUCAGCAAGCACUCCAAGAAUAUGGUGGCUUCGAGGCUUUGUUCGACAAAGUCCCUUCCGAGCUUCAAAAAUCCAUGUUUGGUGCAAUAGAAGAUAUGUUUGAAUUUCCUUUGGAAACAAAAUCAAGAACAACCUCUGCUAAUCCGCCAUUCGGUACUGGCUACACUGGCAAGUCAUCAAGAGCAUCCUGGGAGACCAUAGGUAUCGAAGAUGUACUCAUCCCCGAAAAUCUUAGAAGCUUCACUAAUCUCUUGUGGCCGGAAGGAAACCUAGCUUUGAGUACCAAAACAGUAGGGUCCUUCUCAAAGCAACUGUCUGAAUUGGAUCAAAUGAUUAGGAGGAUGGUUUUGGAGAGCUUUGGUGUUGAGAAAUACUGCGAUGAACACAUAGAUUCGUCCCGAUACGGUCUUCGGGUUAUGAAGUAUGAAGCGCCUGAAAAUAUGGAGAGCAAGAUUAUGCUGAUACCUCACACUGACAAGAACCUCUUGACCAUGCUGCAUCAUCAGAAUCACGUAGAUGGGUUAGAGGUGCAAAGCAAAGAUGGAAAAUGGAUCAAUGUGAAACCCUCUCGGGACUCUUUCAUUGUCAUGCCCGGAGACUCUUUACAGGCAUGGAUGAAUGGACGUGUGCAAGCUCCGAUUCAUCGGGUUGUGUUGACCGAAAAUGAAACGAGAUACUCAACGACGAGGCCGUUUUCAACCCCAACAGAAGGUUAUAUUAUAAAAGUUCCGGACAAAUUAGUGGACGAAGAACACCCGUUACGCUUCAAGCCCUAUGAAUAUUCGAAAUAUCUCAAAUUCUUCAAAACAGAGCAAGGACAUAAAAUUCAUCAAUCCAGCGUAAAGAUUUUCUGUGGUGUUUGA